GCUUUCAAGGGGUUGUUUUGGAGGAAGUUAAAGCAGAUCUCGAAACAGAAAGAGAAAAAAAGACCCGUCAUUUAACAGAGGUGGCAAUAGCGGUUAUAGCACCCGUUUUGGAAUCACCGAUUCCGGAUUAGUUCGCUUAUACACCUAGCCUAAGCGAGCCAGUGUUUCGCUGGCGACAGGGGCUGAACUUAUUGUUUGUUUUCUUCAUAAACAUCAGGCUUGUGUAAGGGCAACGGUAGCAGUUUAGCUCACAGGCUACACCACAGCACUAAUACAGACUGAUAUUUGCUAGAUCUCCAGCUUUAUAAACCAGCUGUGACACUAUGACAUCAAGGAAGAAAGUUCUUCUGAAGGUGAUCAUUCUUGGAGACUCUGGGGUUGGGAAGACAUCUCUGAUGAACCAGUAUGUGAAUAAGAAGUUCAGUAAUCAGUACAAAGCUACUAUAGGGGCAGAUUUCCUGACAAAAGAAGUGAUGGUUGAUGACCGACUUGUCACAAUGCAGAUAUGGGACACAGCAGGUCAAGAGCGCUUCCAGUCUCUGGGUGUGGCUUUCUACCGCGGUGCCGACUGCUGUGUGCUGGUGUUCGACGUCACUGCCCCAAACACCUUCAAGACACUGGACAGCUGGAGAGACGAGUUUCUCAUCCAGGCCAGCCCGCGCGACCCAGAGAACUUCCCCUUCGUGGUGCUGGGCAACAAAAUCGAUCUGGAGAACAGGCAGGUAACAACUAAGCGGGCACAGGCUUGGUGUCAGAGUAAGAACAACAUCCCGUAUUUUGAGACCAGUGCAAAGGAGGCCAUCAACGUAGAGCAGGCUUUCCAGACCAUCGCGCGCAAUGCACUCAAACAGGUAUGUUUGUUGAAAUACAUGUUGCAUUUGGUGACGAAAGCACUAAAAUAUGCUUACGAACAGUGCACUUGAUGCAAAUUUCAUAUA